CGAGUCCGCGCGGCGCUACGCUCUUUUUGUCGAGAAAUUCUACACCACGCAGCUAGCGGCCUUGAGGCACUAGCCAGCAGGCAGCAAGACCGGCGCCCGCGAGGCUGUUCAGGCGACAAACAGCACCAGGGCUUGCACCAAGCAUUGCAGCACUCAUAGGCGACCGUGCACUGACAAGCGCACAACUUCUAGCAUCGCUUCGGCGCCACAGGCAGCGACCACAACACUUGCAGUGGACAGCGUCAGUGCAGUGCAGUCAACGCAUAAGUGCGUUGCGCAUCGCUGGCACAAUACAUACGCUGCACUACAUCGCUGCUCCGCGACGGCAAAGUAAAAAAAGACCAUGCGCGUCGGCAUAAUAGGAGGCGGCGUCAGCGGCCUAGCAGCCGCACGCCACUUCCUGCAGUGCGGCAUCGCGUGCGUCGUGUUCGACACGGGCAAGCGCGGCGUCGGCGGCCGCUGCAGCAGCCGCACGAACACAAACUUUCCCGGCGCCGUGGACCACGCGGCGCAAUUUGUGGAGAGCAGCGGCCGCAGCGACGCCUUCGACGCGUUUAUUCAAGACUGCGUCUCGACCGGCGUCCUGCGCCCGUGGGACGGCAAGUUCGUCGGGUCCGAAAAUGAUGGCCUCGGCGCGCUACCUGAUUUCAUGGCCGAGGGCGUGGAAGUGCGCCAGGACCGCUGGGUCGCCCCCAAUGGCGGCGUCUUCAAGAAACCGGACGGCACGUGGUCGGCCGACAAAGAACAGUUCGAUGCUGUUGUCAUUGCCCACAACGGCAAGUGCGCCGAGCGCCUCACGUCGAAGAUCCGCUCGCCGGUCUCCAAGCUCUGCAAGGCGGCCUUCGGCACGAAGCCCUCGCCGUCGCGCAUGACGCUGAAUUCAGUGUACAGCCUGGUCUUCGAGGUGCCGGCGGGCUCGCUCUCGUACGACGGCGUCGCGCGCGUCUUUGAGGACGAUGACGUGCUCGCCUUCGCGGCGAACCAGGGCAAGAAAUUAGGGUGGGCGCGCGACGGCGACGCGACGGAGACCUGGACCGCGCUGUCGACGGGCGCCUUCGGCUCGAAGAAUAAGCACCCCCAAGAGCAGCUGCGGGGCACGGACGUCGAGGAGCGCGUCAGGAACGAAAUGCUAUCGGCGCUCGGCGCGGCGCUCGGUGCGUCGGCACCGCUGGCGCCGCUGCGAUGGCGGCUCCAGCUCUGGGGCGCGGCGCUGCCGCUCAACGCCCACGUCGCAGACGUGCCGUUCGCCUGGGACGCCGACAAUAAAAUUGGCAUCGUGGGCGACUGGCUGUCUGUCGAGGGCGGGCCGGUGGCGUCGAUCGAGGCGGCGUUCUGCUCGGGAGACGCGCUCGCGAAGCACCUCGCGGCGGCGCCGUCGGAGUCCGCGGGCCUCGAGGGCUCGUAUCAAGCCUUCGAGACCGUGUUCAGCCGGCGGCCGCCGGCCGCCGCGGCGCCUCCUCCUACGUCGAAGCGGAGCGACGCCGAAAAGCAGGAAAAAAAGCUCCGAAAAGCUCUGAAGCGCAUCGGCGAACUCCGGCUUAUGGACUACAUGUCCCUGACGACUGACCAGCGCGUCAAGAUCCACGGGGAGCACGCAGUGCUCGAGAAGCUCGGGCGGCUUGGCGUCAAAGACGUCGAGGCACUGCGGCGGAAGCUCCAACCGGGGCGCGCCGUCCGAGUCCGGAGACUUCGAUGCGCCAACGUCCACGCCAUCGAUGCGACCGAAACUCACGGGUGAAUGUCCACGCAGGCUCGAGACGCCGAUGCCGCGAUCCAAAAAGUGGAGCGCCGAGCGCGACGACCAGCGCGAGGAGGACAAGAAACGGCGGGCCUGGGAGGAGCGGCAGAACGCCAAGGGCCAGACGCGGAGGAAGGGUGACUGGGACUGCGAGGAGUGCGGCAACAUGAACUUCGCGAAGCGGACGCAGUGCAACAAGUGCUCGGCGCCGCGGCCCGUCGCCGUCUAAUUGUGUUACACUUAAUUCUUUACCCGUCGCAGCGGCGGCGCCCACACCACGCCAUCGCCGCCACGCG